AUGUUAUAUAUAUAAAAACAUAAUUUUACAAAUAUUAUACUAAAAUUGCCAAAUGAGAAUCCAUUUUUAAUAGGAAUUGGAUACCCUUUAAACUAUUUAGAUUGUUAAGACAAAUUCUAUAAAUAUUUACAAUUACAUAAAUUCAAAAAAAUACCUAUAUUUUAAAGGAUUGAAGAAUUUAAUUACACUUAACCAAUUAAUAAAUUACCUUUAUGUUUUGAUACCAAUAUGUUACCAUAUUUUAAACAAUUAAAUGAUACCUUAUAUAAAAAGAAUAGAUAUAAAUUAGGAAAUUUUGAUUACAGAUGUGAACUGAAUGAAGAGAUUAUAAAUUCUUUCUGUCAAGAGUUUUAUAAUGAAAUUCAUAGUCACAUAAUUUAUAAUUUUAUUACAUUGAUUUAAUAGCUAAAGCAAAAAUACAACUAUGAGAUUAAAGAUGUUAUAGUAAAUAAAAAGCCAGAUGAUCAUAUAAGUAAGUUGUUUAACCAAUAUUUGAAUUUAAAUUUGAUUUUAAUGUCCGAAAUGCCUACAUAUAAAUAAUUAGUAUACAUUCCAGGGUUUAUUUAUUUUGAACAAUGA